AUGUUGAUACGUUUCACCCAGAGCAUUCUCCCACCUCUAUUGCUGCUGACUACUCUCUUCCUGACUGCCCCAGUGUGCCACGGAGGAAAAAUCCUGGUGGUUCCUGUGGAAGGAAGCCAUUGGGUGAACAUGGACAUCCUGGUCAGAGCCCUACAAAGCCAAGGACACUCCAUCACUGUGCUGCGAACCACCAAGAGCUGGUACAUCAAAGAGGAGUCAUCCUACUACAACUCAUUGACUGUGACGGUCUCUGAGGGUAUUGACAAGGAAUUCCUCAAGCCAAUCCAGCAAAAAGUGUUUGCAAUGGAGCGGGGUAAGAGUUCUACCAUCGACGUCAUCCAGUUGCAAUUCGAGCUAUUGACAACAUUCAUGCCAAAGGCCAUAAAGCCUUUGUGUGAAUUGGUGGAGGCCAUGUUUGAGGACCAGGCCUUCAUGAGGAGACUGAAUGAAAGUCAGUUUGACCUGAUACUUACAGACCCUGCAUGGGGAGUUGGUAUAAUGUUGGCUUACCAUCUUCAACUUCCCUUGGUGUACAAUGUUCGAUGGGUUGUAACAAUGGAGGGACACCUUACUCUUGCUCCAUCUCCUUUGUCCUACAUACCAGCAACAGGGACAGGGCUCACAGACAAAAUGACCUUCUCACAGAGGGUCAAAAGCAUGUUUGUCCAUUUGCUGGCAAAGUUGCAGCACAGGAUGCUGCUUAAACCACUGUAUCAAGCUAUGUGUGAUAAGUACCUGAGUCCCAAAGUUGAUUUUGAUGACCUCUUGCAGACAGCAGAUUUAUGGCUGAUGAGAGUGGACUUUGUGUUUGAGUUCCCCCGCCCCACCAUGCCCAAUGUGGUCUACAUGGGUGGCUUCCAGUGCAAGCCAGCAAAGCCUCUUCCUCAAGACCUGGAGGACUUUGUGCAGAGCUCUGAUGAACAUGGUGUUAUCAUCAUGUCUUUGGGGACGUUUGUCAGUGAGCUUCCAAGUGAUUUAGCUGAAGAUAUAGCAGGUGCAUUUGCUGAACUGCCCCAGAAAGUCAUCUGGAGGUACACUGGAGACAGACCCUCAACCCUGGGCAAUAACACCCUCCUGGUUGACUGGAUGCCCCAAAAUGACCUCCUGGGACACCCCAAAACCAAACUCUUUGUCGCUCAUGGAGGAACUAACGGAGUACAGGAAGCUCUCUAUCAUGGGGUUCCAGUGGUAGGAAUUCCUCUAUUCUUUGACCAGCAUGAUAACCUCCUUAGGCUGCGAGGUGGUGCACAAAUCAUAACACUUGCCAUGCUAAACAAAGACAGCUUCCUCCAGGCCUUGCAGGAGGUGCUCCAUGUGCCGUCCUACAGGGAGAACAUGCAGAGACUCUCCAGGCUGCACAGAGACCAGCCCAUGGAGCCCCUGGACCGAGCCCUCUUCUGGAUCGAGUUUGUCAUGAGACACAAAGGUGCUGCUCACCUGCGCACAGAGUCCUACAAGAUGCCCUGGUACUCCUACCACUCCGUGGACGUGAUGAUGUUCUUGCUUGCUGUUUUGGUCCUGAUGUUGCUCAUUAUCUUUGCUCUCAUAAGGUGCUCAUUACGUCUUUGUGGCAAAAGUAAAAGUAAAAAGGAUUAAUGAAUGGCUUAAGAAUGCAUGUCUUUACGUCAGUGAGUCCUAUAUGGUGCCCAGGUUACAAAGGAGGAGACGGUUGAUAGGACUUUAUCCCCGAUUGAAUAAGACAUAAGGUUCUGAGCUGCCAUCCUAUGGCAGCCAUGCCCCUUCCAAUAUCUGACCUUGCAUCCUCCACUUGUGCUUGUGGCCUCGUACCAGGAAGUAAUACGUCAUGAUGACAUCACUGACAACAGCAUUAUAUUUCAAUGUCUCGCAAAAGCUCAAUUGUAAAGUCAUUUUCUCUUUUGCAAACUGGAUGGUGAAUGAAGAAUACUCCCCCAAAAGUUGUUGUGGCUAGGCUGACAGCUGGGAAACUUAAUUGUUUCCUCCACGGAGGAGGGGUGAGGCCACAAGCACAAGUGGAUGGCGCAAGGUCGCAUAUUGGAAUGCACCCUAAGAUACUGAAUGGAAUGCAAUGGGAAAUCCUCACCCAUUUAGGAGACCGGAAUUGAUGACCCACUAUGUUGCAUUGGUGACCUAUGCUAUACUUCAUCUUGGUGUAUCAUCUGUUGAAUAUCUUUACUGGUACUCCUAACACUCCUAACAAUCUUUUUGCUAACUGUCAUUGUCAGUUUUUUGCACACUAUGAUUUAUACCAUCAUAUAAUUUUCCCUCUGUGGUUUCUCAUGGGAAAAUGCACCUUUUUGAGAUGAAUAUAUACAAUCA